UCAGAGGUAUCUGUGGCCACACCUCACUGGCAGUGCCAGGGCAGACUGGGGCGGGUCCCCACGCCCGCCCAGCCCCACUGCCUCAUCACCUGGGACCAGGGACCCUGAAGCACUGGCUCCCACAACCUACGAUGCCUUAGCUGAAGGAGCACAGCGAAUGCUGUGCCCUGUGCCUACCAGCCCCAAAGAGGAAGGUGAGCACCCUGUGGCAGCCAGACCCUCCCUGGAGGUACACAGUCCAUCACUGGCAGUUUGGAGGUGCUGGGCCUCUCUGGGGCUGAUGCGGCUCUCCCAGGGGACGCCUGAACAGGCUCUCUGAGGUUCUCGUUCUCUCCAGGCUGAGCUUGCAGGGUUUGGCCACCUCUCGGGGACCAUGCCAGAGGCACUCCUGCUCAGGUCUGCCAGCUCCAUCCUGAGGACCGUGUUUUUAAACAGACUACCGUCAGGUGGGCCUGAGUGUGUUCGCAAACUCAGUUUGAACCUGCGGUACCAGCAAGAAGUAAGACCGAAUGUGAAAAGCAGCUCCCUGACUGAUGGGCAGACACUCUCCAAAGAGCCCCUAAGCCAUGCUCUCAAACUCUCGACCCCAGAGAAGGUGAAAGAUGCCCAGCUGAAUCCUCCAGAGGAGGCGCUAUGGACAACUCGGGCCGACGGGCGCGUCCGCCUACGCAUAGACCCCAUCUGCUCGCAGACUCCCCGCACUGUUCAUCAGAUGUUCUCCGCGACCCUGGAAAAGUAUGGGGACCUCAGUGCUAUGGGCUUCAAGCGGCAGGGCAAGUGGGAACACAUCUCCUACACCCAGUACUAUCUGCUGGCCCGCAAAGCCGCCAAGGGCUUCCUGAAGCUCGGCCUGGAGCGGGCCCACAGCGUGGCCAUCCUCGCCUUCAACUCCCCGGAGUGGUUCUUCUCAGCAGUGGGCACAGUCUUCGCAGGUGGCAUCCUCACCGGCAUCUACACGACCAGCUCCCCUGAGGCCUGCCAGUAUAUCGCCUAUGACUGCCGCGCCAACAUCAUCGUGGUCGACACACAGAAGCAGCUGGAAAAGAUCCUGAAGAUCUGGAAACACCUACCACAUCUGAAGGCAGUAGUGAUAUAUAGAGAAGCUCCUCCAACGCGGAUGCCCAGCGUGUACACAAUGGAGGAGCUCAUGGAGCUCGGGAAUGAGGUGCCUGAGGAGGCCCUGGACAUCAUCAUCAACGCCCAGAAGCCUAACCAGUGCUGUGCACUGGUCUACACGUCGGGCACUACUGGGAACCCCAAGGGCGUGAUGCUGAGUCAGGACAAUAUCACAUGGACGGCACGGUACAGCAGCCAGGCUGGUGACAUCCAACCUUCGGAAAUCCAGCAGGAGGUGGUGGUCAGCUACCUGCCACUCAGCCACAUCGCCGCCCAGAUCUAUGACCUGUGGACAGGCAUCCAGUGGGGGGCCCAGGUCUGCUUUGCCGAGCCUGAUGCUCUGAAGGGGAGUCUGGUGAACACGCUGCGGGAGGUGGAGCCCACGUCCCACAUGGGAGUGCCUCGGGUGUGGGAGAAGAUCAUGGAGCGGAUCCAGGAGGUGGUGGCUCAGUCUGGCUUCAUCUGGCGCAAGAUGCUGCUCUGGGCCAUGUCGGUGACCUUGGAGCAGAACCUCACCUGCCCGAGCAGUGAUCUGAAGCCCUUCACAACCCGACUGGCAGAUUACCUGGUGCUAGCCAAGGUCCGCCAGGCACUAGGCUUUGCCAAGUGUCAGAAGAACUUCUACGGGGCAGCCCCCAUGACUGCGGAGACACAGCACUUCUUCCUGGGCCUCAACAUCCGCUUAUAUGCAGGCUACGGCCUCAGCGAGACCUCAGGCCCCCACUUUAUGUCCAGCCCCUACAACUACCGACUCUACAGUUCCGGCAAGGUGGUGCCAGGCUGCCGGGUGAAGCUGGUGAAUGAGGAUGCAGAGGGCAUCGGGGAGAUCUGCCUGUGGGGCCGCACCAUCUUCAUGGGCUACCUGAACAUGGAGGACAAGACGUGUGAGGCCAUUGACACUGAGGGUUGGCUGCACACGGGAGACACGGGCCGCCUGGAUGCCGACGGCUUCCUCUAUAUCACGGGGCGUCUCAAAGAGUUAAUCAUCACGGCUGGCGGGGAAAACGUGCCCCCUGUGCCCAUUGAGGAGGCCGUGAAGACGGAGCUGCCGAUCAUCAGCAACGCCAUGCUGAUUGGAGACCAGAGGAAGUUCCUGUCCAUGCUGCUCACCUUGAAGUGCACUCUGGACCCUGACACCUUUGAGCCCACGGAUAAUCUGACGGAACAAGCUAUGGAGUUCUGCCAGAGGGUGGGCAGCAAAGCCACCACGGUAUCUGAGGUUGUGGGGAAGAAGGAUGAGGCCGUGUAUCAGGCCAUCGGAGAAGGGAUCCAGAGAGUCAACAUGAAUGCAGCUGCGCGACCCUACCACAUCCAGAAGUGGGCCAUUCUUGAGAGGGACUUCUCCAUUUCAGGCGGAGAGUUGGGUCCCACAAUGAAACUGAAACGGCUCGCAGUCCUGGAGAAGUACAAAGAUGUCAUUGAAUCCUUUUACCAAGAGCAGAAAAAAACUGUCAACAAGCAGCUGAGUUUGUCAACUGAGCAACAGAUGAGUCCAGAGUGGUGGGUGUUCAGCACAUAGGACAGUGUGCGAUGGGUAUACAAGUGACCUUUAGUGCCCUGGAAUAAGCAAAGGUGAGGGAGGGGGUCAAGGGGAAUGUUCUCAUGAAAGCAGUUAACUGGUGCUAGUCUGUCGCCCCUCUGCCCACUCUGAAUACUUUGAGCAGCCAUCCUUAGUGGCAAGCUGAGCCAAGAUGAAACAAGGCAUCUAAAUGGGUAGGCGAAAGCAUACAGCUCAAUUCGUUUGGGAAUUCUUUAUUUGUGUAAACCGAAGGGUCACCGAUAAUUAGCACAAUUCAAUAAAACAGAAGCAGCAGCAGUUUAAACAAAGUAAAAUACACAUAAGAUUAUUUGUCUGGUUACGAGCUUCAAAAAAGGACCCAAACAGGAGUAUUGGUUGUGGUUAAAAACUCCCUUGUGACAACGCAAAGCCGCAGGUUAGAGAUGUUACACAAGGGCCAAGGAGGACAUGAGUUGCCUUUGGUGUUAGACCAAAGGGUUCAUGAAAAUAGUGACUCAGUUUCUGAAGAUUAAAGACAAAUCAUGCUAAAGGUGAGGACUGGAGGAAGGAUGGGGAGGUGCCUGAAGGUCAAAAGCUGAGCCAAGCCCCAAGGGUGGCACAAUUUUGUGAAUCAAUUCAGGCUGAGUUUGCAGCUCCUCUUUCCCUGGUGGUGCUGAGGCAGAGGGUGGUGAUUUGGUGCUUUGGGGAAGGAGAAGCCAGUGAAAUGUAAAAUUAAUAGCCAGUACUCCAGGUUCCUCAACUGCAGUCAAAAUUUAUAUGGUGAGGCCUGUUAGCCCUAUCAGCAGGAGUGUGGUCCACUUCCGGACAGCGACAGGCAGGCUGCGGAAGAGGGACUGCUCCCAGGUCCGAGUCAGGGUCCCCCAAGGGACCAAAGGACAGGAGAUCGAGGGCUGUGUUAUGCACCAUGCUUGAUAUACGUCCAGUGAAAAGGAAAGACCACCCCUUCACGUCAUUAAAAGCUCUUACCAAGAACAGUAAACCUGAAGAUAACAAAAAUAACUGAACACACAAUCCACUUGUGUCUUUGUACCCGAUAUAUUACCUGUACGCUAUGAACAAAAAUUACAUCUCUCAUUAUAUAUUUCUCCAAUCUGAAGUCUUUAUUCAUACUCAGUAAUUCAUGUAAAGUACAAAUUAGUCUUUGCUUUCCAUAUCACUAAGAAAUAUACCAUAUUCACUGUUUUUGAUGUAAACUUUCCCAGGAAAUUUCUCUUGUGCCCAUUUAGUUUUAUAAGAAUAUCCUCUCAUGCUAGUAUGCCAACAUUCUACUUUAUCUCCAUUAUAUUUUUUCGUAAACCAAGAAUAUCAGUCUUUUUCUUUAAAAAGUUAGAUGUUUUCUCUUAGUAUUUCUGUCUCAUGAUAUUUACAGUGAAAGAAAAACUAUUUUAACUGAAGCAUAAUAUGGUUAACAACAGCAAAUGAUAACAGUUCACUUGAGAGUUUACAAAAAAAAA